UUUGUGUUGAGAAAAUGGUACAGAUAAUCGUUAGCAUGUAUGUCAUUAUUGAAGUAAACUCUAUGUUAAAAAAUGUUCAACUUAUCUUCUAUUGAAAAUAAGGUUCAGACCAGCAGAGGGGAAAGAUGUGGAAGAAUGGGGAAUGCUUGACCUUCAAGGUGACCUAGAAACUAGACACCCAGUACCACUUAGUGGUAAAUUUAUUGGAGAUUUACACUUCACUCAGAAGGAUGUACCAGUGUUGAUUAUUGGACAUCAUAUCCUAUAUGGUAAAGUGGUCAACAUGGAGAAACCAUUUGCUGUAUUAGUGAAAAAUCAGGGAAAACAGGGAGAUAACUCUGUCAUGGACGAUUCAAAUCACAACAAGAAAGAAACAUCAUAUACUGUCACAGCUAUCAUAAAAAAGAAACUUUUAUUCAAAUCAAGACCCAAACCUAUCAUUGCAAAUGUACCAAAGAAAAUAUAAAAUAUAUUUAUUUAUUAUA